AUGUCGAUUUUCUACGUUUUGUCGAAAGCUAGUGAUGAGGCAAUCGCAUCUGAAAUUAGUAAAGGGGGGCUUAGUGACCUGGCAUGCCAUUACUUGAGUAAAGCUGGAGUUAAUGCAAUCAGAAGAUUGAGGAAAGCAGCCAACAACAGGAUUGUUAAGGCAUGCGGAGCUGUUGUUGUAAACAGGCCAGAUGGACUUCAAGAAUCUGAUGUAUGUACUAAGGCUGGAAUUUUUGAGGUCAAGAAGAUAAGAGAUGAGUUCUUUGCCUUCAUAAAUGAGUGCACAGACCCUAAAGCAUACACUGUUCUUCUUAGAGGUGCGAGUAAGGUUCAUUUGAAUGGAGUGGAAAGAAACUUGCUGGAUGCUAUGUCUAUGGCAAGAAACAUAAUAAAGAUUCCAAAGCUUGUUCCUGGUGGGGCUGCUACAGGGUUAACUGCUUCAGCUACAUUAAAACAGAAAAGUUCAUAUGUCGAAGGGAUUGAAUUGAACGCAAAUGGAAAGUUGGACUGCCCUUGCAAGAUAAAGGCUGGAUACCCCCACCAGAUAGUGUCUAUAGUAGCAGCUCAGAAUCUGUCAUCAUCUCAGAUUAAGCAAUCCGAGUCUAAGUACACAGAGAACAAUAACAGCGAUGCUAGUUCUGUCAAAUCUCCAAUUAAUGGGCCAAGUGAACACCUGAAGACUGCCGUAUCACCAAAGAAUGAAUCCAUAAUUGUCAUUGACACUUCCAAGUUUUUGAAUGAGGAAGACUUUGAGGGUAAAGAUGAAACAUCCUCAUCAAAUCAAGUUCAGAUUGAAGAUGAAAAUUGGGAGACCCGAUUUCCUAAUACAGAUGCUGGCAUCUGGUGA